AAACUAUUUAGCCAUAUGUGGGUGCAUGAAAUCAACCAAACAAAUCUGUUAAGGCAAUAAAACAAUUUGAUCAGAUGAAAUGUGAAUAUUUGGAACGUGGAUUUAAUGAUUGACCAAUGAAGAGGCACGUCUAAUAGAGACGGUAAUAGAUCAGGUUGGUGCGUGGUUCCCACCCGCCCAGAUGAGGAGCAGGGACUCCGAAGUGUGUGUUGGGGGGGGGGCAGAGUAUCGAGUCUGUGCCUUCCCAGUUUCUCGGAGGAGACAGAAGUUGCCCACACACAGGCAGCGUGAGCGGAGGGGUGAAGCCUGAGCGCACGGCACAGCAGCAGCUGGAGCGCUGCUUUCCUUGUUGGCUCCGGACUGAGGGACCCAUACCGAGGAGGCUCGAGAGGGGCUCCGAGUGGACAUGCAUGGAUAUGGAUGACUGGUGCUGACAAGACUAUGCGCAGCGAAAGUGGGGAUCUGUGAGUUUCCACAGGAUGGACACUGCAGAGGUCUUCAUCUCUCUGCUGGUGGCGGUCAUCAUUGUCGUCUCGCUGCUGUCCAACGUCCUGGUGCUGAUCUGCUUUCUGUACAACCCGGAGAUCCGCAAGCAGGUCCCGGGUCUGUUCACCCUCAACCUCACCUUCUGUAACCUGUUGCUGACGGUCUCCAACAUGCCGCUGACGCUGGUGGGACUGGUGAGUAAGACCCAGCCGGGGGGUCAAGGCUUUUGUCAGACCGUGGGCUUCCUGGAGACCUUCCUGUCCACCAACUCGAUGCUGAGCAUGGCAGCCUUGAGCAUCGACCGCUGGGUCGCGGUGGUGUUCCCGCUCAGGUAUCACUCCAAGAUGCGCCACCGGGACGCAGCGCUGGUGCUGGGAUACACGUGGGUGCACGCCGUGUCCUUCUCCACGGUGGCCACCAGCCUGUCGUGGGUGGGCUACCACCGGCUUUACGCCUCUUGCACCCUCUCCAGCCCCAGAGGGGGCAGCCGGACUCAAUUCGUGGUCUUCACGGUGUUUUUCCACUCCUUCACCUUCCUGCUGUCCCUCAUAGUUCUGUGCGUCACUUACCUCAAAGUGCUCAAAGUGGCCAGAUUCCACUGCAGGAGAAUCGACGUUAUAACGAUGCAAACUCUGGUCCUGCUGGUGGAUAUACACCCCAGCGUUCGCCAGCGUUGCCUAGAAGAGCAAAAGAGGCGGCGACAGAGAGCCACCAGGAAGAUCAGCACCUUCAUCGGCACCUUUAUGAUUUGUUUUGCACCAUAUGUAAUCACAAGGAUUGUGGAGUUGUUCCCAGCGGUGCCGAUUAGCCCUCACUGGGGAAUCGUCUCCAAGUGUUUGGCCUACAGCAAGGCGGCCUGCGACCCCUUUGUGUACUCUUUACUGCGACGCCAGUACAAGAAGACGUGCACUGACAUCAUCAACAGGCUGCUGAAGCGUAGCUCCUUCCACACGUCGGGUCGUCGGGACCAGAAUCAAGGCAGCAGCUUACCGACGGCAGAGUGACACAGAGGUGAUGGAACAUCCUCCCAGGCUUAUCGAGUUUACUGUCAGUCGUGUCGACCAGAGAGAGACAAACCGGGGGUCUGUCUUUUCCAAGUCUGCUCCUGGUUCUAAAUGAUGAAAGGAGUUAAGGACAGAGCCCGGGAUGUGGAUCCACCUUCUCAGAUCAGGUGAAGAAAGUCAUAUCAGAAAUGCUUUUGCGAUCGAGGAUUUUUAUUUUGCAGGUUUCUUUAGCUCAGGUUUUAUUUGACAUUCUUUUAAAAACAAAACUGCUGCAACAUGUGACCAUAAUCUGCCAUUUCCCACAUUUCAACAUUUCAAAUGCUGAAUAUUCAUUAAUAUAUAUAUAUAAUAUAUUUAAAAAAAGAAGGAAAGUAUUAUAUAUAUAUAUAUAUAUAUAGUGGGAUCAACACUUUUCAAUCUAAUCUGUUAUGACUAUAAUAUAUUUGAACUGUUCCUCAACUGUUAUGUUUCAUUUCAACUAACAAUUCAACCUAAUCCGUUUUGAAAAAUCUAAAGUUUACAGCCAUUCAGUCUCAUUCGUUUUUCAGUCCACAAAUGCCUUAGAACUGGUUAAAAAUCAUAAGAAUAAUUCCUGAAAUAAAUGUAAUGAGAGAAAAUUGAUGAGGAAAUAUUCUAUGGAUCCAGUGACAGAAAAUAUAAUGUCCUGUCUUACAGAUGUUUCCGAAGUGACCACAGUUCAUUAUUCAGCCCAAAGCUAGUGCAUGAGAGUGUUACUGCACUAGAGGUCAUCCAAGAGUUUACAAACAUAGCACUUCAUUACCAAGCCAGCACUUCAGAAACGUGUUUUUGACUUAAUCAAAGGCUUAAAAUGGAAGGUUUUGGAGCCAUUACGCCGUAGCUUUGUGCUCUCAUCACUAUGUUCAAACCCAAUAGCGCCACCCUCUUUCAGGUGCAAUUUCUGUUCUGCAAAUAUUACAUAUCUUUUAUAAACAGAAGGAAACCCCUCGCACUGAGAUUAUAUAACAAUCCUAUCAUUGCAUUCCUCAUGUGUUUACCACUGGGCGGCAUUUAAUGAGUGAAAAUGGCCCUUCGACCAGAAUGUCUUUGCCGCUGUGAUUGGCAUGUGGCCCUCAGGUGGUGUAGCCAAGUGGAACGUGAAUGGCUGUGGAGGGGAGCAAUCCUACACCAUCUUUUGUAGCAGACUAAAAUAGGCACCACAGAUGAUGACCGGUGUAUUUAAAAGUGUAAUUUAUACUGUCUGUGUCCAGAGAUGAAGAGAGUGUUUGUGACGAACAUGAAUAAUGAAACGACAAUAAGCACACUGUCUGCAUUUCGAUGAGAAGAGAUCCACUCCUCCACUUGGUGAGCAGCUUCUGUACAUGUACAGUACCAGGAAGAACAAUGAAAUGUGGGCUGAAAUGUGUUGCAUUAAGUUAACCACAACCACUUUCAAAUGUUGCCAUAACCAAAUCAGUCGGAUGAGGACAUCGACGCAAGCUUAAAAAUUGUACUUGAACACCCAGACUUCCUGCGUAUUGAUCAAGACAAACUCAAAGUUAGUGUGUUGGUGUGUGUUCCUCUACCUUUGGAGGGUUUUUGUUGCUGCACCUUCUCUAAUGUGUGCAUGAACCCCCGUACUGUUUUCACCGUCCUCCACCAUCCACGAGCUGAAUUUAUCUGCUGUUGCUGACCGAAACAAAUGCCCUUUUACCAGCCAUUUUGUUCUGUGAGGUUUUAAGAACAUUCAAUGUGACAUACAAUGUUCCAAAAAUACAAGUAAUUAAUUCACUCCUUUGACAUUUAAUGACAAAGUGACCGGAUAGUGUGCGAGUGUACGGCAAUGACCUCUCACCUCUGUUCUCUUCCAAUGCCCGACCUCUAAUCGGUCACUCCUCUGGGACAGCGAGGUCCAGCUGAAGGGCUGCUCAGAGAGACACAAAUACCCUUCCAAUGAAAUAACCUCUUUUCUCUGCUGCAUCCUCGCGUUACGCUCGCCUGCAGAUCCGACAAGUUAUUUUCAGUGAUGCCCAUCAACCCUCUCUGGGGCUUUGUUUGUAGGAGCUGAUCCUGCUGCGGGGCUUGCUACUGAACCUGCCUGUGAGGCAGAACACUUUUUGAGCAUAUUCACUUGGUGAGUAAAUCACCAGCGAAUUGCCACAUAAAUGAGGUGUUUGUGACUUGUCAAGAAAGUCUGGAAGCACGUUGCAGUAAUGAGUGGGAUUUUUUUUUUUAACCAAAGAGCUCAGUAUCGCACAAAUUGAACGAUGUAACAACAAAAUGUAAUUGAUGGAAAAACCAGACAUUGAAAGUUGGCAUGACAUUAUAAAGUCUAAAUAUGUACAGUAUAUAUUAAGUAUGUUCAGAUUAAAAGGUUAUCAAAUCUACUUCUAUGAUAUACAAAUCAUUUUAUUGCAACAGGUUAUAUCAGUUUUUAUGUCUUUGUGUAUGUCCCAUCAUUUCAUAAAACCAUAAGUCAAUCAAGUCAACCAUUAUUCAAAAGGAGACAGAAUUGUAAAAUGUUAAGGUACAACUUGUGCUUUUAGA